AUGCCGGAAUCAACAGUCUCACUCAUCGAGGCAGCCGUCAUAACUGGCGGCAACGCUGGGCUGGGUAAAGCAAUGGCUGAAUCCUUGAUACGCGCCGGCAAGAAAGUCAUCCUGAUCGGACGAAGCGAGUCGAGUUUGAAGUCGACCGUCUCCGAGAUCAAUGCUGCUGGAUACUACGUUCUCGACACGGGCGACACAAAAGCAAUUCCAAGCACGGUCGAGCAGCUCCUCCAGUCCCAUCCGGACGUCAACUGCCUGAUCAGCAAUGCUGGCGUGCAAAGACCAUUCCAGUUCCCGAACAUUGGCGAGAAGCAAGAAUACGGCUUUGACUUGGCCCGAGCGGACGAGGAAAUCGACAUCAAUAUCCGUGGACCGAUGCACUUGGCAUUGGCAUUCCUGCCGCAUUUCACCAGCUUACCGCAGGACAAGAAGGGCGUCAUCAUGAAUGUUUCGAGCGUCCUGGGUUUCCUACCGUCGAGUGUGAUUAAUCCAGUAUACAACGGCACGAAAGCAUGGGUCCACAUGUUCUCGUUGAACCUGCGCACGCAGUACGAAAAGAAUGGAAAAAUCAAGGUCGUCGAGAUCGCCCCGCCCACUGUCUCGACGGCUCUUCACCGCGACAGGACGGACCCGAGUGACAAUUCGAAGGAGAAGAACAAGGCAGCCAUGAGUGUGGAUGAGUUCAUUCAGGAGGUCGAGCAGGGGUGGGAGCAGGGGAAGGAUAUCAUUGCUCCUGGGCCGGCAGGGGCAGUCAUCGAUGCUUGGUAUGGUGCUUUGGGGGAGAAGUAUGAGAAGGCGACGCACUGA